CAACACCCGCCAACCCCGAAUACCAACCCUUCAUGCCCUCCACGCUGUGCCCAACACAAAAUCGGCCGCCCUGCCGCAUGCGCAAAUGGUCCGCCCAACGGGGCUGUGUACUCAUCACUUUUUGUUCCAACAUUACCAUUGAACUCCCAACGCGCAAUUCCGUGGCCGGGUUAACAAACAUAUAUCACCCUUGGCUCACGAGUGCGGCAUCACAAAAUCUAUGGAUAAGGGCCUUGAUUUACAGGAGCCAUUCCACGCUAUGAAACAAAAUCUAAUCCAAUGUCUUUUAAUCUAGUCAACAAUUUCAGGGUGAGGCAGGAGGCGCAUCGCGUGAGCCGCGACAGCAACUCGAUCAUGAACCCCUGGCGAAACAAGAGAAGCUCGACCUGGGACGUGCCCGAGUCACAACGCUACUCUCAGCCGCCGAUGGCGCUCGAAGGACUCGACGAUACGUCGCCCAUCAAACACUCAGCAACGGCGCCAUCACGGGUAUCCAAUGGCUACAACAGUGCAAAUGGAGAGCCCUCUUACAACCACGCGAAUAUCGAGAUGCAGGACAUGGAGCCCACCAGCCAGAUGACUGGGCUUACGGGGGAGACAAAUGUGGAAUCAACACAGGUCCCUACGGGUUCCGCACAUCAACGCAACGGUAGCCUCAGUCUUAUACGCAGGAGGACAGGCGCCAACGAUUCGCGGACCGAACUGAACGGCGCAGGACAAAAGGUGGCCGAGAAGGAAAAUGAGAAGAAGGAGAGGACUUUCUUCAAGCACCUCCAGCCCAAGGAGCCGUUCACCGUGGGAAAUCAGAUUCGGCGCACAUUGUUGAACUCGUGGCUCAACGUUCUACUCGUCGCGGCGCCGGUAGGUAUUGCGAUCAACUAUGUUGAGUCGGUACCCCGCGUUGCGGUGUUCGUUGUCAACUUCAUUGCCAUCGUUCCUCUUGCGGCCAUGCUGGGUUUUGCGACGGAGGAGAUUGCAUUGAGAACGGGCGAAGUACUGGGCGGACUUUUGAAUGCCAGUUUCGGCAAUGCUGUUGAGUUGAUUGUGGCUGUUAUUGCUCUGACGCACAACGAGAUUGUCGUCGUACAGACUUCACUCAUCGGCAGUAUCUUGUCCAACCUUCUUCUGGUUAUGGGAAUGUGCUUCUUCUGCGGUGGUCUCAACAGACGGGAACAGUUUUUCAACACGACCGUCGCCCAAACAGCGGCGAGUUUACUUGCGCUUGCCGUCGCCAGUGUCAUUGUACCUACGGUCUUUGACAUGGCGGCUAACACAGAUGACAAAAAGGUGGCGCAAAUUUCACGCGGCGUCUCCAUUAUUCUGCUUUUCGUUUACGGUGGUUAUCUCCUGUUCCAGCUAAAGACCCACUCCGCCGUCUUCGCCGAGGAGAGUCAAAAGGUCGCGGCCAAGCCAUUCAACUUACGAGGCGGCAAGGAUCUCAAGGACGGCGCCAUUUCCCAGGGCUUGGUAGGCCCUGCUGGUAUGGUAGGAGGCCACGCGGUUCCUUCGCAGGCCAACAAUGAGAGCAUCCGCAACCACCUGGACACCGCGUCCCAUCAGGAGGAGGAGGAGGAGGAGGAGGAAGGCGAGGAGCCGCAGCUGCACUUCAUUGUCGCCGUUGUCACCUUGGUCAUCGCUACUGUGAUCAUCGCGUUUUGCGCCGAGUACAUGGUCGACGGCAUCAGUGCCAUUACCGCCGGAGACAAAGUCAGCAAAGAGUUCGUUGGCCUUAUCCUGCUGCCCAUUGUCGGAAAUGCCGCCGAGCACGCCACUGCUGUCACGGUCGCCAUCAAGGACAAGAUGGAUCUGGCCAUCGGUGUGGCCGUCGGUUCGAGCAUGCAGGUCGCCCUGUUCGUCAUCCCUCUGCUCGUUAUUAUCGGCUGGGGAAUGGGCAUCGAGGAUAUGUCGCUCAGCUUCGACACGUUUCAGGUGGCGGUGCUGUUCGUUUCGGUGCUGCUGGUUAACUACCUCAUUGCAGACGGAAAGAGCCAUUGGCUCGAGGGGAUGCUGCUUAUUUGUCUGUAUCUCAUCGUGGCUGUCUGCGCUUGGUGUAAGUUUGAUGAUAUCUGCCCAACCUCCCUGGCACUCUUUGAUGCUAAUGUGUUUUUCCUUCUCUACAGUUUACCCGAAUUCUUGUGAUGGCCCUGAGUGCAAAGGGUCCUGAGUGCAAAGGGUAAAGCACGGCCUGAAAACAACUUGAUGAAGAUGGAUACGAUGCCCAAUUUCGAUUAGACACAUAUUAUACGUUUGAGAGCAAUGACUCGUUAUUUCAGUUGGCACGCGGUCUUUUUUCUUUCGAUUCUAACGACACAA